AUGGUAUUUUCAAUAGCACAUCAUGGUUUUUUUAGUAAUGAAAAUAGAGAUAAAUUAAAAGAUAACGAUGUUGAUCAAUCACGUUUAAUUGAUAUGUUUCCAGAAGAUUUCGAUGAAAAACUGAAAACAUUAAAUGAACAAUUAGUAAAAUCUUUUGCUAAACGUGAAGAGCAAUACAAAAAUACUUUACAAAUAUUAGAUAUUACAUCUUUAAAAGAAGUUUUAAAUAUGUCAAAACAGUGGGAUUCUUUAAUUGAGAAAAUAAUCAAACACAAGAGCAUCUAUCAUAUAAUUGAUGCUUCAGAGAAUAAUAUUGGUAAGACAAUAACGAAAGUAACACUUUUCCCACAAAUUAUAGAUUCAAUUAAUGAUAAACUUCAAAAACUAAAAGACGAAUUGAUUCAUCAAGAACUUAUCAAUGAAGAAACAAAAAGUUACAACAAACAGAGAGAUGAGUUUUAUAGACAAUUAAAUAAAAAAUUUAUUGUUCUCAAUAAUGCGAAGGUAUUCAGUAGCUACGAUAUACGUAUCGACAUUGAUAGUGCUGAAAAAGAAUAUUCGAAUUCAUUAGAAUUAAAAAUCAAAGUCAUAUAUUCCAGUGCUGAAGAAUUUAUGAAAAAAUUCGUACGAGACACAGAACUCAGCAAAUCAGAAUAUGAUAGCUUUAAUUUACACUAUAAUAAUAUGCUGUCAUUUAAAAAGGAAAUGGAAUUUGCUGCUACUGAUAAUAAUAUAAAAGUUGACGAGAUCGAUAGUAAAUUCUUUGGGAAAAUUCAAAUUUGGGAAAAAAAAAUUGAAACUGAAAUACAAGAUGAAACUGAUAUAGGCCAAAAUAUUGUUGCAGAUCAUAAGGCAUUUCAAGGUUAUUCAUUAUCUUUGUUCAAUGAAAAAACUCAAAAACAUGGAAUGGAAUAUGUGCUAGCUAAUAUAACCGGUGACAUUUCAGACAAAACACGAUUGAAAAGAAGAUACAAUGAGUUUUGUCGUAAAUAUGACGAAUUAGUCAAACGAUAUCUUAAACCUAGUAUUUCAUUGGAUCAGCUAAUUGCUGAUGCGAAACUGUUGGUUGGAGAUGUUAAACAGCAGUCAGAUCAAAUUGAAUGGGACACUAGUAUUCAAAAUAAAAUACCUGAGUUAGCUGCUCACAUCUUUGCACUAUGGACGCUUCAAAAUGCACGUCAUUACUUUGAAGAUGACGGUGUAGAAAAUAGGAAUAGCUAUCUUCUUCAGCCUCAUGCAGCUCAGAUCAUUUCGAUAUUCCGUAUGCUCGGUAUUGAUGAUACGAAAGAACAGUUAAGUUAUAACUUAAUACAAAUAGAAACUGGUGGAGGAAAAUCUGUGACAUUAGGAGCAACAGCUUCAAUACUUGCAUUAUUUGGUUUUGAUGUAUGUUGCGCAUGUUAUAGUGAAUAUUUAAGUCAACGAGAUUACAAAUCAUUUCUAUCAUUAUUUAAUUCAUUAGAUGUAUCGAGUCAUAUUCAUUAUGGUACUUUUAAUAAACUAUGUGAACAUAGAGUUAAUGAGAAUAGUGAUAUUCGUCAAGUAGUUGAACAAUUAAUUUUGACAGAUUCGAAUAUUGCUGUCGAAAAUGCAAAUAUAAUUAAACGUUCAAAAAUAUUAUUAAUAGACGAAGUUGAUGUUUUCUUUAGUUGA